AUGAAAAGAUUAAUUGAAAAUAAUGUAAUAAAAAUAAAUUAUAAUAGUUUUUUAAACAAAUAUAAAAAAAAUACGGGAUGUGAAAAGGACGUUAGUGAGAUAGAAUUGUAUGAACAUUUUAUGAUAAACCCAUUCACAUAUUCCAAACCAAGGGGUUGCUUACCAUCAAAUUUCAAUCAUCUUAAAGGACAUCAUCAAUUGGACGGCAUAAACAUAUUUGAAGUUGUUGAUUAUGUUAAUAUAAGUGAGCGGUUAUACCUGUUUGAAGAUGAAAAUGAAGAUGUAACGAGGGAAGAUCACGAUAGAGAUGAAAAUGAUCAAAUGGAGAACUGCCUGAGCAGCUCAGAAAAAGAACAAGGGGAUUCAACAGAAGAUGGUUACUAUCAUGGGUUUAAGAACGCUAGAAAUAAGAAAGAGGAAAAGAAAUAUAAAAAAAAUAACAAAAUUCAGACAACAAGUAAAAAGAAUAAGAAUUCCACACAAACCAAAAAAAGCACAAAAUAUAAAAGAAUUUAUCGUUUUUUACUAUUUGAUGGAAAUGUGUUUGUGUAUGCAUAUGAACAAGAACAUAACAAAAAUUUUAAUUAUCUAGAAAAGAGUACAUAUAAAUAUUCUAAAAUUAUUUUAUACAACAAACCUAUUAUUCAACGUGGUGCAUUAUUGUUAAGGAACAACCAAGUGUCUAUUUUAUUUAAAGGGCUCCGAGUAUCUGAUACAGGUUCCCUCCUUUUGGAGGAUUAUCAAGAAGAUGAAUUGAACAUUACUGGAAUGAAUCCUUUGCUUGAUGAGAUUAAUCGAAACUGCAAAGUCGAUAUAGGAAAAAAAAAAGAAAGUGCUAAUUUUAUCAAUUUAUCGAAUGAUGUAAAAAAAUACAGUUAUCAAUGUGACCAAACUGGUUUUCCCCCAAAAAUUGAAUCUAAAAGAGAUGAAGAUAAUGUGCAUAGAAAAUUUUACUAUAUAGAAGAUUCAUCUAAUAAUAAUUUUGAUUUUAACAAGACAGAUGUCAAAAAUGUCAGUAAGACCAACUUGGAUUAUACAUGUAAGUCGAACAUAUGUAACACAAUUAAUGAACACAACAAUAAUACUCUCAAUAAGAAAUAUGCUGAUAGAAUAUGUGACAAUGUGAGAGAAGAAUGUAAAAAGGAGGGGGGAUAUGUAUCAGAAAUGCAUAGAAAUGAUCCCAGUAAAGAAACUAAGAAUAUACAUUAUGGUGGUGACUAUAGCUCAAAUAAGGAUGUUAAUUAUAAUGUGGAAUACACUUAUGGGAUUAAUAACAGAUAUAACGGUUAUUAUAAUUGCAGAGACAAAGAGAACUAUUGUAACAAUUCGCCAAAGUUGCAUAGUAAUAAUUUCAACAAAUUUGAUGAUAAGUAUAAAGUGACAGAUCCAAAGGAAUUCACUACUGACAGUUACAAUGGGGAUUAUUUUGAAAAAGAGAAAAUACAUUUUUGUAAAAAAAAUAGUGGCAAUUAUUAUCCAACACAAGGUUACGAUUCUUAUAAGGAAAAAUAUGAAGAGAAUUACUCAAAACCAUUUCAAUAUAAUGAUAAAAAGUUGCCUCCUCACACGUCAGAAGAAACAAAAUACAUGCGUUCAUGUAAUGAAUUGAAAAAUGUUACUUAUCAAAGAUUACAGGAUAACAUAGGAGAAGAAAAAUCGUGUUAUGAUAUGAAGAAUUCUUUUAAUCCCAACAAGGUAGGUGCCAAUUAUUUUAAAGAAAAUGGUACAUUUGAUGACCAUGUUACUGAUAAUUAUCACUAUGAUACAAAUAAAGAAAAACAGAAAAAAAGUAUAACCCCGUUAGCAAAUGAGGGAAACGAAAUUUGGGUGAUGGGUAACCCAUAUGGAAAUGCAUACGUCCAAAGUUGUGAAAAUGUGAAUAAUGAUACAUUUCAUAACACCUACACUAAUAACUAUCAUGCUAAUCACAUGAAUGAAGGAUUUCAAAAUGUAAACAACAUGAAUUUUUCAGCUAAAAAAAAUUCAAUGGACAGUCACUUAGGUGGAACGCAUAAAUGCGAGGAAGUCAUUAAAACCGAUCAACGUUGUCAUGCCAAAAAUGAAAAAAAUUAUAAUGAAUUAAUUGAUUUAACAGAAGGAUUUUUUCAAUCCGAUUUUUUUCAUAAAUCGCAAGACGUGGAAAGUGCAAAUAAGGGUAGUGACGUUAUUGUAUUGGAUGACUGA